AUUAUUCCUUUCAAACACACAACAAAUUUCAACAUAAUAUAUAUUUAUCCACUAACACUCGCGCGUUUAUUUUUAGGAGUUAGAACAAAAUUUUCGUGUGUUUUCACUUGCGCCGCGCGGUUCGUGGUUAAAUGCAAAAAAAAAUAAAUAAAACUCGGCAACUACUUUUUUUUAUGCUCUGUAGAGAUAAAAUACGAAAAAAUAUUUUUCUUAUUUAAAUAGUUUUCUCAAAGAAAAGAAACCCUUCUAACAAGACAUUUGUUUUUUUUUUCUUUCUCGUCUCGGAGGGAAAAAAAAGAAGCAUUCCACCUUCAAGUAUCGGCAAAGGUUGACUGAUAAGCCGCGAUUAUAAUACUUGUAUAUAUAGAUAUAUAUUGACGAAUAUUUUUUUUUUCACCAUCAUACACGGGAAUGUAAUUCGUUGCGGGUAAUUUAGUUUUUUUUCGGUGAAUGAAGAAAAGGUUUUCUUUGUUUCGGGGUGAAAGUGAAUACUUAUUUUUUUCUGGAGAGAUUUUGUCGUUUCUCUCUCUCUAAUAUAUAUAUAUAUAUAUAUAUAACAUUCGCGAUGUCAGCUCAGUGAUUAUAGAGUAAGCGUCUUUUUUUUUGCCGUGUGUGUGAAAAAAAAAUUUAGUGAAACGGUAAUAAUUUGUUAAGUGAUAAUUAAUUUUUAUUCGCGGGUGCUUUUUGAGUGAUUGAUAAAAAUAAAGGGCAAAUUGACAAAUAUGAAUUUCGCGUGUAAGUGUCUUAAUGUGACCAUCAAAUCGAGGAGUGAUAAACUCGAAAGGGUCAUUGUCGAAGACAUUGUUGGAUUAAAUCCCGAUGAAAGGCUCGACGCCUUUUUUCAGGAGGGCGUAGCAACAGUUCCAGAAUUGGAGGUAAUAGAAAAGGAGCAGGCAACCUUGAUUGAAUGUAAAAAUAUUGGCUCUUGGACGACUCAUUAUUGUUGUAAUUGUUCAAUGUACACGCACGCCGUUAAUUCCGAAGAUGGAAAUGCAAUAAUUUUGAUCAACACGAAAAUGAUCAUGUCAAAAGAAGAGAUGGAACAGAUAAAGUCAUCGUCUAAGUACAGUUCAGUGUUUAGGAUAGUAAUUGACCGGAAGAAGUUAAACGACAUGGAUUCAUUCUUGCCACCGAAUACGUUCCCUGUAUCACAAAUUCCAAGCAGUCUACAAAAUGCACUGCGUAGCCUUCAGCAACAAUUGCAAGCUGCCAUCAAUAGAGAAACACAAAUUAUUGAUGAUAAAAUUCACGCCUACACAAUGGAGCAGCGUAAAAUUUUAGAAAAUUUCCAAGAGCAGGCUUACAUGGAUCACAGACUGCUGAGCAGAAUGAUAUGUAAAAAGGAGGAGAAAUCAAAAGUCGUGGCUAAAACUCGAAGACGAGCGAAAAAUUUAAAGACCAGUGACUCUAAUUCAGUAUCAAGUUCAGUGUCUGCAAGGCCAUCAACUGAAACGAGUUCGAGUGACACAACAUUCAGCGGAUCGAAUAUUAUGACACAACACACAAAGCCGUCUAUAAAUUCAAAUCUCAACGGACACAGUGAUAAAACUGAUUCAGUAAAGGCAGCGCGAAGAGAGCCGAGCAGUUUUGAUGCCGAGGCACUUUUUCUUCUCGAAGGAAUGGACGAUAUUGUUUACUCAGACGAUUGCCUACUGUCCUCAGAUUUGGAAUCUGAUACCGAUGAGUCCGUGAAGAACGAAGGAACUAACAUACCAAGAAGCCAAAAGAGAGGCUAUCCAAUGUUAGCCAAAUCAUUACCAGUGACUGUACCUGAUUUUCGUCCAUUUGAUAGGCGCCUACCGCAUGACGAAGACGAUGAAAAAGAAUCAAUGGAUCCCCUGGACCCGCAUAAUAUUAGAGCUUCAAUAAAAGCCCUAGCCAAAAGUGUUCAUGGCGAUCCAGUUUUUGGCGAUUUGCCGAGACCUCGAUUCUCCACUCAAAUCUGACUGGAGAAAAUUUUUGAAUCAACUGACUCCCCUUUAGAUUAGAAUUCGUAAAUUAAGUGUUUUCCCUAUAAAUGUGUCAUUUUUCACCGACCAUCGUAUCUUUUUGUCGUUUUUUUUAGCACUUUAACAAUUUGAUACAAAUACAAUAGAGAGAAGUGAUAUAUAUAUAUAUUACUAAAGAUGUGAUAGGUAAACGUAUUUUUUAAUUUCCUACUCUUUGAUAAUGUUAUAGGUUUAAAAAAAUCUUUCUGAAAUUUUUUUUUUCUUUCUCUUUAUAAUAUUGUAUAAUGUGCGCUAGUUUCGCAAAAAGAGUACUCAUUCGAAUUUAUUCAAUUGAUACAAAAAAUAUAUAUAUUGUAUAUUUCUCGUUUAUGUGCUAAAAGCAACGCUUGAGAAAGUAUAAACUUCCCCCUCUCCCCACAAUUUUUUUUUACCAAGUGAUCAAAUUGUUACUUCAUCUCGAAGUCGUUAAUGUUUAUAAUUACUCAAUUUUUUUUUCAAUAAAAAUAUUAUACUUUUUAGUAAA